AUGGCAGCGUCGACGACAACGGUGCUGGGCGAGAAACUCGCGGUGGACGCCGUGGAAUCUCCUGGGAGCGAGCGCGAUGAGGUGGCAGAGGAUCCGCGUCUGGAGCAUGUGUGGGCGAAGCUGGACCGCUGGGUGCUGCCCCUCGUUACACUGUUCUGGCUGCUCUCUUUUCUGGACCGGACGAAUAUCGGCAACGCCAAGGUCGCCGGGCUGAUGAAGGAUUUGCAGCUGACGAACAGAGAGUACUCGAUUGCGCUGACGGUGACUUACGUUCCGUACAUCGCGGCGGAGCUCCCCGCGAGCUUGGUCCUCAAAAAAGUGGGGCCACAUCGUUUGCUGCCGACGCUGCUUACUCUCUGGGGCAUCGUCACGGUGUGUGAGGGCACCAUAUCGUCAUACGCGGGCUUGCUCGCAUGUCGAUUCUUCCUCGGGCUAUUCGAAGGCGGGCUAUUCCCCGGCCUCGCGCUCUAUCUGUCGUACUUCUACCCGCGCGCAAAGCUCCAAUUGCGCAUCACGACCUUCUUUUCGAUGGCGGCCUUCUCUGGCGCAUUCGGCGGGAUCAUCGCCUACGGAAUUGUCAACAACUUGGCCCAUACGCAUGGCCACAAGGGCUGGCAGUGGAUAUUCAUAAUCGAGGGCGCGAUCACGGUCUUCGUCGGGAUUGUCUCGUUCUUCCUCUGGCCCCCGUCUGUUGAGAAGACACGCUUCCUGACCCAGGAGGAAAAGGCUUACGUCAACGGCCGACUGCGCGCUGACGGGGCGAUCCACCGCGACGAGGCGGCCGACGCGUUCAGCUGGCAGGAUGUCCCCAAGGCCUUCAUGUCGAUCCACGUGAUCCUUCUCGGGAUCGCGUUCUUCCUACACGGCACGACGCUCUUCUCCUUCGCCUACUUCACGCCGUCGAUUCUCCAAGGACUCGGGUACACCGCGGCCAAGGCACAGCUGAUGAGCGUCCCGCCGUACUCUGUCGCGUUCGUCGUCUCGAUGACCACUGCGUGGGUGUCAGACAAGUAUCGCUGCCGCGGCUUGGCCACCGUAUUUGGCGCAGUGCUCGGCAUUGUUGGCUUUGCGAUGUUUCUCGGCUCGGGGGACACGCGCGUGCAGUACGGCUCGCUGUUCCUGUCGCUUACCGGCGCCUAUGUCGUCGCCCCGGCGCUGGCGACGUGGAAUGCCAACAACAGCGCGCCGCACACGCGCCGCGCGACGGCGAUCGCGAUCGGCUUCAGCAUGGCGAACACGGGCGGGAUCCUGAGCACGUGGCUGCUGGGAAGCAUCUCCCCGGGCCCGCGGUACACCAAGGGCACGCGGCUGCUGCUCGCGUUCAGCGUCGGCCUGCUUGUGGUCACGCUUGCGGCGAUCGCGUAUUUGCGGCGUGAGAAUGCGAAGAAGCGCGCGCUGAGGAAGACGGUCGCGAGGGAGGAGGAGGACGCGGCGUUGGGCGAUCGGAGUGCGUGCGUGGCUAUUGCGCAUUUCGCGGCCACACCCGGCCCCGUGCACGCCUCGGCUGACACGACCCGCCGAAUGGCUACAUCCGCGGCCGAUUCCGCGGGCACUGCAGCCAUUCUUGAACGGCGACCGUCGCCCAGCUUCACCCUGCGCAACCCACCCGGGCCGUCUUCACCCAGUCCACACCCCGCGACGUCCGCUUCACGCUGUCACCAACAAAUCGGUCACGACGAUCUCGAAAACCGACCGUCCCGCGUCUCAACGCGCUCUCCUUCCGGCUUACAACGGGCGACUGACUGUGCGGGAGUUUGCGAAACAAGAGCGAGCCGGUCGGCCGUGAACCCGCGGCAGCCAAUGGGCGGGAGUGUUUGCGGUCGGCGGGACAGGACAGAACGCACCUUGCGGGAGACUCGGACAGAACCGGCCAUAACGAGCCCCAACCCCGGCCCGCCGAACGCGCGCGCGAGUCGGCGGCAGCGAAGGGCCAUGCCUGGACGGCAAGUCUCACUCUGCACAACCCACCCGGGCCGUCUUCACCCAGUCCACCCCGCGACAUCUCCAGCCAUUCGCUACAAGCUGCAACGCACGAAUCAGGCGCCAAAUGAGGAGCAGGAUGUAUUAUCACACACGACAAGCCCGAAGUCUGAAGAGCGUGCUCUUCGUAGCCCAUCUGCCUCGACACCGGCAAGGGCGGGGCCAACGCGCGCGGCUGACAAGGGGCGAUUCGCCAAAGUUAGCGAAAGCUACCAACAGCCGCGCGGCCAUAGCGAGCGCAAGACCUGGGGGAUGAUGAUGCUUACGACGGCCGACUUACUUUGCGGAACAACACAAACGAGCCGGUCGGCCGCGAAUCUCGCGGCGUCCUUGUCAGCCACUGGCCCGGCGUUUGCGGUCCAAGCAGCUUGCAUCGUCGUCGGCGACGCGGAGUAA